GUUAUUCACAGUAUCGUCAUUUGUCACAACGAGUUAAUUGCGAGUACACGUUCAAAAUGAAACUCUUAAUAUUUAUUGUUUUCAUAAUAACAAUUACGACAACUAAUGUUUUUGGCACUGAAAAUUUACAAAAAAUAAACAAAUGCUGUCCCCUUGGUGAAUGUGUGAGUAGGAGAAAAAUGUGCGUGAAGACACCGUUUUCAGAAAACUUUUCGUCGAAAAUAACUGUGUAUACGAAGGACCUGUACGAAACUGGGACGGCUUUUGAAGAUGUAUUUAAUAUAAGUGACAACAAGUUUGGAGACAAAAAUUUUCGCAGAGAAUCUCUUGAUUUAAGCUACUUAAAUUUUAUAACAUACAUAACAGAGAAUGGAGUAUUGCAACUGGAGCUCCCGAAUGCUUACGAACGCUGGUUGUCAUUUUCGCCAAAAGACUACUGCGUAGACUGCAGAUUACUCGUAAGGGGACGAAACAACGGUAAACCAAGGAUCUGGGCGGUAUUACCAACAGUUGAUGAUACUGACACAAAUCAUUCAAUGCAGUUAAAGUAUGCUACCUUCAUAUCCUGCUUCUUCUUACUACUGGUACUGAUAGUCUACAUGUUGCUACCUGAGCUCCGGAACCUGUCAGGAGUGAUACUCAUGGCAUACAUCAUCUCUUUGUUUUCGGCCUUUUUACUACUAGGCAUUAUUCAAGUACAUUACUAUACCGCACUUGGAUGCGUUUGUCUAACGAUGGGCAUCUAUUUCUCUUUCCUGGCUUGCUUCUGCUGGAUGAAUAUCAUGGCAUUCGACGUUUGGUGGACCAUCAGAGGCUACGCGAAAGGCCGCCAUAUUCACAGACUAGGGGAACGCUUCCAGUUCGUCAUGUACUGCUUGUACGCCUUUGGAAUCCCACUACUAAUGACUAUUGGCCUCUUCCUACUGAACCUGUACGGCCCCAGCAUGAAACACCUCCCUUGGUUCGUCACACCCCAUGUGCCUGAGAACGGCUGCUUCUUAGAAGGGGGUGUGAAACUGCUGUACUUAUACAUACCAAUGCUGAUUCUGAUUCUUAUCAACUGCGUGUUUUACCUCAUGACUGCCUACAACGUCUUGCGAUUGAGGAGAAAGCUCGUCUCGAUUAGCACAAUUAAAUGUACUGGCGUUAAUCAGGCACAACUUGCUCAUAAGCAGAGAUUCAGAGAUUAUCUAAAGAUUUCAGUGAUGGUGGGCUUGAACUGGAUUCUGGAAGUAUUAAGUUUCUAUUACCCUGGCGCGUAUUGGCUCGUAACCGACGUCUACAAUGCGUUGAUAGGGAUCGUGCUAUUCUAUAUUUUUGUCUGCAAUAAGAAAGUAUUAAAUUCUCUUUGUGACCGCUUCAAGAGGAAGAAAACUAUGUCUUUACCAAACGUUGGCUAUUCGUGCACUACGGUUAACACGAUUGAAAGUGAGACCCAACCUGCUGACAGUAAAAAUUAGUAAAGGAUUCAUCAUCAUCUUCCCAGCCUUUUUCCAAAUUAUGUUGGGGUCGGCUUCCAGUCUAACUGUUGGGGUAGUCUUCAGCUGAGUAGCAGUGCUUUACAAGGAGCGACGGCCCUAUCUGACCUCCUUAACCCAGUUACCCAGGCUACCCGAUACCCCUUGGUUAGACUGGUGUCAAACUUACUGGCUUCUGACUACCAGUAGCGACUGCCAGGGAUGUUCAAUGAUAGCCGGGACCUACAGUUUAACGUAUACAGUAAAGGAUUAUAGUACAGAAUAUAAAAUAUGUACUACAGUUAUACAAUUAUAUGUAGUACAUUGUGACCACUAGUCUAGCGAAAAACCGCACACUGCUGAAUAAAAUGACUGUCGAUUUUUUUUAGUCUUGGUUUCAAUCAAGGUUUCCCGUCGGUCUGAUACAGGUUAAAUACUCGACCUUUGUAGUAUAUGUAAAGGGCUCUAUCAAUCGUCUAAUUAGGUGUUUUAAAUGAUUUAAUGAAACUCAUCUUCCUAAAUGCGAUUACAUUUGUCUGAAUUUAGUGACUCAUUUAGACGACUGAAUU